UGGGAUGAGACAGUUUUUCAUAAUUCAAGAAAUACAUCCAAUUUAUCCCCGUAUUGAAAUCGUGUUUUAUUAAAUUAAUGUAGUUAUUACUUUUUGUUUUCAUAAUUCAUGCAAUUAGGUAGCUAUCCAGCUAAUAUUUAGGUACCCAACUCGACCAUAAAUAGAAGCAUUCUAAAAGACAUUUUAGUCAACAAGCCAAACAAAGAAAUGAACGAAAUGGAGACUAAAACUCAGGUGGAGGAUUCGAUAAUCCAAGAAUCAUUGCUUACUUGCAUUGAUCUCGCAAACUCUGAUCAUCAAUCAGUUCUUUCGCUCAAGCAGGACUGAGUCCAUUUAUUAAUUUAUUUCUUUUUGUAACAACCAAUGAUUUUGUUAGGAGAGUUUCUUGUUUCAGGCAUGUCUGGAUAGUGGGUUUUUCUAUGUUAUAAACCAUGGAAUAAGCGAAGAAGUCAUGGACAAGGCUUUCGAGCAGAGCAAAAAUUUCUUCGCUCUUCCUUUGGAGGAGAAGAUGAAAGUGUUGAAAAAUGAAAAACAUCGUGGCUAUACACCGUUUUAUGAUCAGAUCCCUGAUCCUGAGAAUCAAGUCCAAGGGGAUCACAAAGAAGGUUACUACAUUGGAUCCGAAGUUCCCAGAGAUGAUCCUCAGUGGGAUUAUCCAUUCUAUGGCCCCAACCCUUGGCCUGAUCCUGAUGUUUUGCCUGGGUGGCGAGAGACCAUGGAGAAAUACCAUCAAGAAGCAUUGAGGGUUUGUAAGGCUAUUGCAAAACUAUUGGCCCUGGCCCUCGACAUGGAUGCAGAUUACUUUGAUAGCCCUGAGAUGCUUGGAAAGCCUAUUUCAACUUUGCGCUUGCUUCACUAUGAAGGAAAAUCGGAUCCCUCAAAGGGAAUAUAUGGAACUGGAGCACAUUCGGAUUACGGAAUGAUGACGCUCAUAGCAACCGAUGGUGUAUUGGGACUCCAGAUAUGCAAGGAUAGAAACGCUAAGCCUCAGAAGUGGGAAUAUGUACCGUCGAUUGAAGGAGCACUUGUUGUGAAUCUUGGUGAUAUGAUGCAGUGUUGGAGCAAUGGUCUUUUCAGAUCCACGAUGCACAGGGUUAUUUUAAAUGAUCAGAAUCGAUAUUCCAUUCCAUUUUUCCUGGAACCGAAUCACGACUGCAUAAUAGAGUGUCUUCCUACGUGCCAGUCCGAAAGCAACCUUCCCAAAUAUCCAGCAAUCAAAUGUUCGACAUAUAUCACCCAGCGUUACGAAGAAGUGCAUGCGAAUUUCAGAAGCUACCAAAAACAUGCUUGAUUGAAGACAGUUUGCUUCUCUCACAUGCCUCCACGUCAUUGUCCACAUAGGAAAAUUGCGCGUCCUGGAGCCGCCACAUGUCCCCUUCCUGAAAAACUCACCGUUUCAUUUAAUUGAGAUUGCAAUUCUUGCGGGCUUAUCUAUGUCUCGGGCCUUAUGUGAGUUAAACCCUAAUUCACAAAAGUCAAACCCUCGUGAUCUCCCUUGAUCGAUCGGGUGUCUGUUUACAUGCCUCCCUAUAAUCUCCCGUUACCAAAAUCUCGCAUUUGUUUCGUUUCGGGAGCAUUAGAAGAAAAAAAAAUCUCACUAGAUGAGAAUCUUCGGUUUUGUGUGUUUCCAGGGUUCAAAAGAUUCAUGUAUUGAGUGAAAACAAAAGACAAGUUUGUGCUCUGUAUUUUUGGAAAUUUAGUAAAUAACUUCAUAGCCAUCAAUGGAGAACGGAGGCUCCCCGGGAUCAUCAUCAUCUUCCCUUCAAGCCUCUAUGCAAGAAUUCAAUCUCUUUGAGACUCAAUCAAAUUUAUAUAUGAUUGGUUGGAAGUGUAUAGAGUACUAAAGAUAGACCGUCUUCAUGCGUCUGAGCUUAAUCUCAGUGAGGAUUCCACUGCCUAUACCAAAAAAGAUACACGAAGGCAACAAGGCCACAGGCGGCCUCAAACUGGUCACUCUCUGUUAUGGCAUCAUUGGGUUCAUUAAGUUUUUGGGACCAUACUACAUCCUGGUUAUUACCGAGAGAAGAGAGAUAGGCGAAAUUUGUGGUCACAGGGUCUAUGAAGUUUCCAAGAGUGAGAUCAUUUCUUUGCGUAAUCCUAGCGUGCUUUCCAACAUUCCAAAUUCAAGAGACGAGAACAGGUACAAGAAGCUCCUGUGUAUGGUGGACCGUGGACCUUACAAAGGACUUCUUUUUCAGCUAUUCUUUCAAUAUAAUGCAUAGUUUCCAGAAGGAUAUAUGCGACCAUGAGAGUGGUGCUACUCUCUGUAAGAAAAUGUUUGUGUGGAACGAGUUCUUGACUUGGGGAAUUCGACAUCUUCGGAAUACCGUCUGGACUGUAGCAUUGGUGUAUGGUUUCCUUAAGCACGUACAAAUUUGAUAUAUUUUCUGCUCCUCACUGCCAAAGAGAAGAACGUUUUCUCGGAUUCCUUUUUUUGUCACAGCAGUAGUUUUGUUAUUUGUGCACCAUUUUCUUUGGGAUCAUUAUAUUGCUUCCCUAUAUCAUGUUUUGUCUUGCACCAAAAAGUCUGCAAAGAAGUACUAUUGUUUUUUAUAGCAAUGUAUAAAUUUUGAUGUU